AGCGUGAUGACGCUUCCAUUGCAGUGAGGCUCAGGUGUAUAACGGGAACCGGGGAUGCUGGAGCUACUAACAAACGCUUACAAAACUACUAUUAUCGCAUUCGUGCAUUUUUCUACAUUUUAAUAUAACGUAAAGCAUUUCGCUUCCGGUGUAGGGGAGGCGAAAAUGAGGACGCAAAUGUUCAAGUGCUGCAUGCGGAGCCCGCCGUUUCCUUUGAUGUCCGAGGGUAACGCCUCCAAAAAGAAAUACACCUAUCAGUGAUGGUUAUGGAGCAUGAUGGACGUCCCCUCAGCCAAUCAGAGCCAGACACCCUGCCAGCCGUGGGCGGGUCAGAAGGACUGGUCCACAGCUUCACCUCCAAGACACCUCUUUGACCCUCUGCCCAGCUUUCAGCAUCUCAACCUGAGGUCUCCUUCUGAUUACACUCCCUGCUACAACCACCUCCAGAUGUCCAGCUCCAGCUUCCAGAGAGACUUCACUGUAUUUUCACCCAAUAACAACAAUCCUCAUAACAGCUUGUUACAUGUUAAUAACACUGACCACAGUGUGCAGCCAGUCAUUCCUGAUGUUUCAGCCACGAUUCCAGCUGCAAGCCAAGGAAGUAACAUGAAUGAAGGCAUUCGUCCUUGUGACACCCAAUGGACAUCACUUCAUUCCCCUCACAACCCUUACCAAGCUGUAGCUCAACAUUUCCAGCAUCCCUACACACAGCAGGAUUUAGUAAAUGGACCUCAGUCACCACAUCAAAAUCAUUUGCCCAUUAGGCCUCCAUUAUAUGGAAACGAGAGUCCACAGUGUAUACCUCAGCCUGCAUUUGAGGGAGCAAAUGCCAGAUCAUCUGCUGUAUUUACUCACAAUCAUGCCUCGCCCACAUCUCCCAUCGAACAGCAGCCUCAGUGGACACUUCCAGCACACUCUGGAGAAAACAUAAACCAGUUUGUUCCCACUGCAGCUGCACAGGUCAAAAGCUUCACACCUCAGUCUCAUAACUCUGAAUCUCGUUAUGGUCUGGACCCAGAGCUCCUGCCUAGCGCUGUGAAGGUGAUGACGGAAGACAAGGCUGAGUGGGAGGGGAAGGUUUUUACCUCUGAGCCUUUUUCCAGUCUUCCUCCAUUGGCAACUACUUCCUAUAUCGUAGAGGACAGAGGUAAUGCAAGUCCUUUUGCCAUCCGCUCCACUUCGUACUGUGUGCCCUGUGAGGGUCAGGCCGCUCUGCUUAGCCGUCUGCCGCUGGGCGCUCUGAUCACCCCUCUGGUAAAACAAAGUGCUGAAGAGAAGCCUCUCCCACUGUGCAAAGAGACAGAGUGUGUUGUGGGCUGUGGGGGGUGUGGAGCUUCCAUGUGUCCAGCGAUGGGCUGGCAGGAUUGUGGUCAAAGGUUUUACUGCCCCUUCUGUGGCAAACUCAGUGAAGUACCAUGGCAGCACUACCAGCCUACCAAUGGUGUGAACGGGGUUCGGGUUGAUAAGGAGAAGAGGCCUGAACUCAGCACGGGGUCAUAUGAAAUCCUCAAUUCUCAGAAGGGGGAAGCUGCUGCACUCCUUCUAGCCAUAGAUGUGUCUGUCUCAGCACUGAGAGGAGGACACUUGGAAUUCGUAACACAACAAAUACAAAUGCUGCUUAACUCUAUGAAAAGGGAGGAUGGUGAUGCUUUAGAUGUCCGUGUUGGUUUGAUGACGUAUGACAGCAGGAUCCACCUCUACGACCUCAGUCCUGAACUGUCCCGCCCACACAUGCUGGUCAUCACAGAGACAGAAGACCUGCAGCUUCCUGUGAGGGAGGGACUUCUGGUGCCCCUCAAAGACUGUAUCAGCAGCAUCGACAGCGUGUUACAACUCGUUCCUCAGUUCAACACAGAAGGAACUGACUCCGGUGGAGUUCCCAUGGAGCUGCCUGUCAAAGCAGGACUUGCUGUACUACAGGGUCUGGGUUGUCCUGGCAAGCUGCUGAUCUUCCAUACUACCUCUCUGAUAGAGACUGGACACACAAGCUCAGGCUUCUUUGGCACCAACAAACCAAAGUCCAUUUUUCAGCCAUCAGAACAGGUCGUGUCAGUGGUCAAGGAGUGCGUCCAUCAGGGAUGUGGUGUUCAUCUGUUUGUCCUCUCUCACCAAGAUGUGGGUGGGGCUUGGCCAGGCGACAUUCCAUAUUUGACAGGUGGAGCUCUGCACACUUACAGCCACCUCCAGGGAGAAUUGGACAGAGAGCGUUUCAGCACUGAUCUAAAGAGGACUGUAGAGACGCACACAGGCUACAAGGCUGAGCUCAGGAUAUUUGUCAGCAAAGAUUUACGCGUGUCCGGCUGUUACGGGCUGUUUGUUCCUGGUUCUAACCCUGGACGUGUCACCUUGGCCACCCUCGACAUGUGGACCACACUGGCUGUGGAGCUCGCACACACCAGAGCUCUGGAUGAGACGAGGGGCGUAGCCAUACAGGUUGUUUUAUCUUACACCCUCCAGACAGGAGACCGGAGGACCAGGGUUCACACUCUGACCCUGCGGUGCUCACGUCAGCUACAGGACACCUUUCGUCACUACCAGGCCCAAACACUACUCACCUUCUACUGCAAGAAGACUGGUUCUUCCUCAGUAUCUGCGAGCUCUUCCUGUUUACAUCAACAGCCUGAGGAAGAGUGAAGUGCUGCUGCCAGGCUUGAGGAGCUCCAUCCAUCAGCGCCUGCAGCAGCGCUGCCAGGUGCUGCGCAUGGACACCUGCAGCACUGCCACACACUUCUACCCUCUGCUGCUGCCUCUGCCUUUAUCAACUGACGGCUCCAACCUUCCAAAACCAGAGGAGGCACUGCGCUGCUCUGCAGCUAGCCUGGAGCCCAGAGGUCUUUAUUUGGUUCAUACACCCCUCACGCUGCUGCUAUGGGUGGGCACCCAAGUCCCAGCAUGCACACUGGUUGAGCUCUUCAACACCAGCUGUUUUUCAUCCCUGCCCUCUGGAGAGACCAAGCUGCCAGUUCUGGAAAACCAUCUGUCCAUCGGUAUCCGAUCCCUGAUCAACACACUGAACUCAGGGGCAUCGUGCACCCGCAAGCUGUGGGUGGUAAAGCAGGGCGACAGUUGCGAGGAGGCCCUGCAGCGCCACCUUGUGGAAGACAAGAGCCCCAAUGGAGGCGCGUCCUACGCAGACUUCCUCUACCAUCUCCACGUCAACUCUGUCCGCCUGCUGCAGUGAAACACAAACAUAUUUACAGAUGUGGAUACAACGUCUUUAACACAAGACGAAACCACAGAGUAUCCACCUCAAACAACAACCACAGGAGGAACAAAGCUCUCAUACAGUAAUGUAAUCGAGUAAUGAGGAAAGUCUAUAGUCAGAUAUAUAAGGAAUGCAUGGAGACAUUUCAAAUGAUGCAAUAUUUGAUCUGUUCAAGGACUGCUGUGAUAUUAUUUAUGUUUGUGUGACUUCUUUUGUUUUGAAUGGACUGUUCAUUUAUUCCUCUAUCAUGGAAAGUCUCUAAUCUUUGCCUGAGAUUUUUGUGUACGUGUGUCUCAGUGUGUGUGCGAUGCCCAGAAUGUGUUUCUGUGUGAGAAAUAUGUCCAAUAAAUAAAUGAACUCAGUCAAGAAGGGAAGUUUCAGGUGUCAUCUUGCAGCAGCAGAUUCAUUUGUGGCCAAAGGGGCAACUGUCUAAUGAGUCCACGUGGCUGAUAACAUUAAUUCACAGCAAUUAUGUUGCUACAAGCAACACUCAAGCAUGUUGCUGAAGCAUGGGCGAGGGGCUGCGGGGGGCACGUGUAGUUUGACACACUCUGUGAGGUUGUAGUUGAGCCCUGGGUGCUUUGAGCUAAAUGCCAACAAUUGCUCAUUGGCUCUCAACAGAAAAUAUGUAAAAAAAAAUGUUUCAGGUUUCUUUCAUAAAGUGCAUUGGACCAACAAACCAUGGUGGUGCCACUGCAAAGAAUACGAGAACAACAGAGUUUUCUCAAAAAACAGCGAAUAUAAACCUUGUGAUUUGGGUGAAACUACACAGUGUCAUAGAAUUACUGAAGGUAUUGUCUUCGUAUAUUUUGGGAACUGUAAAUUUACCUCGUCCACGAGUCAUUCUUUGAAAUAUCUGAGAUUAGAUUUAUUUCAGACCAACCCCUGUUGUAAUCUCUUCUUGUGAGGAAAGGUUUUAUUGACAGAAGUGCUUAAGUAGAAAGAGGUGCUUAUUUUUAAAUAACCUAUGAAGAUUUGAUCUCAUAACGACAGAGUUUAAAAGGUCGGUGCUGUAAUAUUAUUUGUCCUGCAGCGAAUGGUUUCUUUCAGAGGUAAUCUGAUUACCAGCAGCCAUCUGGGCCUGCAUCAAACUCUGUCUCAUUCUUAGUCCUCGUGUCUCUGAUCUCACAGCUUUUAUUUUUAGAUCUUGUUACCUUCUUAUCCUCCCAGAUUCUCACGAUUAAUCACAGUUAUUUUUUUGUGUGCAUUUCUCUGAAGAGUAUUUGUUUCUGUUCUAGCCCAUUUCAGGCUUUGCCGGCCAAUUUCACAAUGUCCUCUGUCCAGGUCUUGAGUCCAGCUCAUUAAGAAAAGACGCAGAUAGAACAUUCAACAUUCAUUAUUAGUCAGCGUGUCCUUCCAAGAAAUCUGCUAACUGCUGAGUUGAUGUCUGUAGUUCUUAUUGGCAGUGUGUAGGCUUUUCACGCAUUUUGGGUAGAGCUCAGAUCAGUGAAACCAUUUUCACUAAAGAGGAUGUGGACCUCAGGAAUAGAGGUUAAACUGCAACCAGUCAUUGUCCAACACUAUCUGAAAGGAAACUUGACUUCUUGGGAGAGUCCAGACGGUGAUGAGGGACAAAAGCUGUGGAUAAUCUGAAUCCUCACAAAUAAGUAAAAUAAACAAAAUUUAAAAUAAGAACAAGGUGGUAAAGAAGGUAUUCAGAUCCUUUACCUAAGUUAAAGUGCCAAAACUGCGCUUUAGAAAUAAGCUAUGAAAUAUAUACUGAGGUAGAACACUUUAGUAAAAGUACUUUUACAUACGCUUAACAUUAAAGUAACCAGUACUAAAUACAGUUUUGCACUUUUUCAUACUUAAUGAGAGUUUUUUAUUGUAUUUCCUGCACAGCUGUGUCCAUUACUUGACACAUAUUUGUUGUUUUGAGGAAGUCACGAAGAUGCUGAUGUAACUCUUCCUCAAACUUGAAGAGAAAACUUAUAUUUACUGCACACAUAGCGGCACGUUUUGACAGCAGAAACAAGCUCUCUCAUAUUUGCCCCUAUUUGGAAAUACGCACCAAGCUGGCGGGAGGUGUGUUCGAUUACGUUGUCGCGCUUGCCGUUGGACUGUUUGUCCACCAGAGAGCGACAAAGAGUCGAAACUCCGCUGCCGCUCAGGAAGCCGCGAACCAACUCAAGUUGACUGCGUCAAUUUAGCCGAGCUGAUCAGCACCAGACCGGAAAUUCA